AUGUCUUUUCAACGAACAUUGCACGAUAUAUUCUUGGAAUGUAUAGGAUAUCUCGCUGCUACUUUAGCUUUAUUUGGUAUUAGAGCAUCCAAUAAUGAGUUUAAUGGUCGAGCAAUCCACCGACAUCGUUACACCGAUCUUCUUCAGGAUGAUAUGAUCAUUACUCGAUUUUACAAAUAUGAGACUCUUAUUAAACAUAAUUUCGUCGUUUUUCAAACCGGGUCAGGACACAUAUUUAAGGUUCAUUUAAUUGCUAAUGUUGAACCGAAACAUUAUUCACCGAUGUACGUAAAAAUCGUACCAUCUUAUUGGAGACCAGGUCGUAGACGUAUACGAUCCAGUAACAAAACAGCGGGAAAUCUAAAACGCUUCGUAAACGCUGAAAUACGCAGAUUUGGAAAUUAUGAAGUGGGUUUCAAUGAUUGUCGACACUUUGCUAAUGCAGUAGCAGCAUUUUUGGCUAGCUGA